AUGGUGUAUACGCUUUAUGAGGGUUUUAUUCUCCAGACAAAGCGGGCUUUGAAUACACUUUCGCAUAUUCUCCACAAAGCCGAGGAGCAGCCCAACGCUUCUAUUCUUCCGUCUUGUCGACUACACAAUGAUAUGAAAUCACUCAGCUAUCAAGUGUUCGCGGCAACCACGCAAACAUCGCUAGCUUUGGCCAAGCUAACAGCCGAGUCAUUCCCAACCGACGACACGAGCAACGAUGUUGUCUACACAUAUGCAGAAAUGUACGCUCGCAUCGACAAGGUACUUCAGGCCCUCGACGCGGUUGACAAAGACUUAAUCCUCGAACACUGCGAGGUUGUCAAUCCCGCGCCCCUAGGAGCGGACAUGCAACCCCUGUCUGGGACUACAUACGCUUGCAUUAUGCAGGCUAACAUCUUCUUUCAUGUAUCUACUGCCUAUGGCAUCUUGCGCAAGGAAGGCGUGCCUCUAGGCAAGGUGGAUUACAUUUUACCCUUUGUAACUUCCUGA